GCACACCCAAAAUCAGAAUCCAACCCAUCAACACCACAAUCCUGCAAAAUGGACCCGAAUAGCCAGCUCAGUUGACCGUUGGCAUGUCACCACCACUCACACCUUCCCAUCAUUGACCGAUACUAGUGGUUGUCGUCUUCUCCCUCUCUCUCUCUCCCUCCCUCUGCAAAUUAGCACCAUCUUUUUUCUUACAAGACUCUCAUUCACAUAGUCCUGAAGACCUAGGGUUUCUCUUUCAUGCAAAACCAAUGGAUUCCACAUCUACUGAUGGUAGAGAACACGAACAGGAUCGAGAACGAGAACUUUCUCACGUAGUAGAACUUGUAGCAUCUCCCGAACCUUCCGAUUCAGUUUCAGAAGAUCAGAUAACGCCUCUCUUGAUCCAAUCAGAUAAGCCUAAAAUCAAUAUAUUCACUGUCUCCUACCCUAGGCGUAAGUCUAACAAGGACCAGAUUGCAAGGUUAGUUGAAACGGAGACGUCGCCGGUUUGGCAGUUUGUUGUUUGGGUUUGGGGUGGAUCUAGGUAUUCUGGCUUGUUGUGUAUGGUAUCAUCGGCUGUAAUAUAUUGUGUAAUGGAAGUUCUUCUGGAUGUUUGCUCUGCUCAAUCACUUCCUCUUUUUGAGGUAGCAUUUACAAGAUGUGUAAUUAUCUCAAUAUUAUCGUUUAUGUGGUUAAGAAGAAGUGGAGAACCAAUAUUUGGACCUACAAAUGUCAGGAAUCUUUUAGUUUCAAGGGCUCUUACUGGAUGUGUAUCUUUGUUAGCUUUCAUUUACUGUAUUCAGAGACUACCUAUGUCUCAAGCUAUGAUAUUAAGCUUUACAACUCCACUAAUGGCCUCAGUUGCAGCACGCUUCAUUUUGAACGAGAAUCUGAAAAUUGCAGAUGUAGCAGGUAUUGCUUUCAGUUUCUUUGGGGUCCUCUUUCUUCUUGGAUCACCUACCAGCAUACAAGGAGUAUCAGUGGAAGCUAAAACUAAAGGUGUGCAUGUUUUUGCGGUUUUGAUUGGUUUAGUGUCGGCAUUGGCUGGUGGAGUGAGUUACUGCUAUUUAAGAGCAGCAGCAAAGGCUUCUGACCAACCUGUGGGCACUAUAUUUUCGUUUGGCCUACUCUCUACUGCUGCAGUGGCCAUAUGCAUGAUAAUCUCCCAAGACUUUGUGCUGCCUAGCUUCUAUUCUUUUGUUCUUAUGAUUUUUCUCAGCAUAUUGGCCUUUUUUGCUGAGUUAUUUCUGGCACGUGGGCUUCAGCUUGAGAAAACCAGCAAAGUUGCAAAUAUUCAAUACCUUGAGGUUGCAUUAUACCAGUUAUGGGGCAUGGGAUCAUUGCGAUACACGCUGUCAUUCGGUAAAGUUGUUGGAUGUAUUCUUGUUUUUGUUUCAGCUUGUUGUACCAUGUAUUUUGGACCAGAAAAAGAAAUGGAGUAAGAUGUGCAUGGCCUCUUCAUGUUUUCAGGCAUGCACCCAUUUCUGUUUUUGCAUUCCAACAUGUAAUUUUGAAAUUGUUUAUAAUUUUAAAUAUUAUAGUUUUCAACAAACAAAAUAUCAUUCACAUACUUGUAAGCUAUUGGUUAUACUGUUGUCAUUUAUGUUGGUCACAAUUUUAUUUCUUUCUUUCAGUUUAACAUGUAUAUUAAAUUGAAGAAAUGUGAUGUAAUUGA